AUGGCUCUUCAUGUUCCCAAGGUUCCGAAUUAUGUGUCUAUGCUGAAAGAUGGGACAAGACAUUUCGAGGGUCUUGAAGAGGCAGUUUAUCGUAACAUUGAGGCUUGCGUGGCGAUCGCAAAGACGACACGUUCUACCUAUGGUCCGAGCGGUCAGAAUAAAAUAGUCAUAAACCAUAUUGGCAAGCAAUUUGUUACAAAUGAUGCGGCGACUAUUCUUCGGGAACUCGAAGUUCAACAUCCUGCAGCAAAGAUGAUAAUUCUUGCUACGCAGCAGCAGGAACAGGAAGCUGGCGAUGGAACCAAUUUAGUGUUUCAGUUGGCUGGUGCGCUCUUAGAUAAUGCCCGUGGUCUUCUUAAGAUGGGUUUGUCCGUAUCCCAAAUUGUUGAAGGCUAUGAAAUGGCUGCAAAGAAAGCUAUCGAGUUUCUUGAUGAAAUUGUUGUCAAGGAGAUUAACAAUCUAAAGGAUUUCUCGGAAGUAUAUCCUGUUAUCAAAACGUCGUUGAUGAGCAAGCAGUUGAACAUUAGUGAAUUCCUCGCUGAACUUAUCACAUCCGCUUGCAUUUCAAUAAUGCCUGAGGACGGUAAUUUCAAUGUGGAUAACGUUAGGGUCCUCAAAGUUUUGGGUUCUGGUGUAGCCAGUUCUUCCAUGGUUCAGGGAAUGGUUUUCCGUCGCGAUAUUGAGGGCGACGUCCAGUCCGUCAGCCAAUCAAAAAUUGCUAUUUAUUCAUGCCCACUUGAGGCUUUACAAACUGAGACAAAGGGGACAGUUUUGCUUCAUACCGCUGAUGAACUGAAAGAAUUUUCGAAGGGGGAGGAAAGCCAAAUGGAAAAAAUUAUCGACAGUAUUGCUGAUGCUGGAGUCAAAGUUGUCGUGUCUGGAGGCAAAAUCAGUGAGCUCGCAUUGCACUAUGCCAACAAACGCGGCAUCAUGCUGGUUCGGCUUGUGAGCAAGUUUGAUGUUCGUCGUCUCAGUCAAGCUACUGGUGCUGCGGUUUUACCUACACUUACCGUUCCAACUGCAGAAGAACUCGGCUAUGUCGAACGUGUUCAUGUCGAUGAGAUCGCAGACACUAAUGUUAUCAUAUUUGAGCAGGGUUCAAGCAAGAAGGCAAUGGUCACUAUUGUCAUUCGUGGAAGCACAGACAACAUAAUGGACGACAUCGAGCGUGCAGUCGAUGAUGGUGUAAACACGUACAAGGCACUUACUCGCUGCAAAAAGGUUGUUGCUGGCGCUGGUGCCUGCGAGAUUGAACUGGCUCGACGUCUCCUAGCGUUUGCCGAUGCAAUUCCUGGUCUCGAGCAGUAUGCUGUUCGCGAAUAUGCCCACGCCUAUGAGGUUGUUCCCAAGGCUCUUUCGGAGAAUGCCGGUGAGAAGGCAACCGAAAUAAUUGCCCAGCUUUAUGCUGCUCAUCAGUCAGGUCAGACUCACUCUGGCUUUGUAACAUCUGCCAAACUGGAUUCAACUGUCUGUGACGCCAGGGAAGCCAAUAUUCUCGAUCUUCACGGGGCUAAAUACUGGGCCAUUCGCUUUGCCACAAGCGCAGCGUGUACUGUUCUUCGUGUGGACCAAAUUAUAAUGUCGAGACCUGCAGGUGGACCGAAGCCUCGGGAUCCGCGCAUGUAUGCUGAAAGUGGGAGUGCUUUCCAUGACACAGCCCGGUUUUACUCAGCCAGCCGUGUUCAGCCCACAACUGAUGUGGACGAUGGAGACGAUGAAAAUGCAACGACGGUAGACCCGAGUUUCUUGUCUGUCUUCGAAGAAGACGACGAGGAAGAUCCCACGCCUGACCUCUACGCAGUCCUCGGCGUGGCUCGUGACGCCAACGAUGUGGAGAUCAAGGGGGCCUACAGGCGACUAUCGCGUCUCCUACACCCCGACAAACAUGCACAAGGCAAUUCAGCCGUGAGCGCCGAUGCUGAGGCGGCUUUCGGUCGACUAACUGCAGCGUACAACAUCCUCAGUGACCCUCAGAAACGUGCUAUAUAUGAUCGUUAUGGAUUUAACGGUUUACGCAUCCAAGGAUGGGAACUGGCGGUGAGGAAUAAAUCAGCCCCGGAGUUACGUUUGGAGUAUCUGCUGUUGAAGUUGAAGGCUAAGGAAACAGAGAAUGAGCGCCUUUUACAACCCAGUUCUGAAGUUUCCGUCGGUGUUGACAUGACCGAUUUUUUUGACCGGUACUUGAAGGAGGCACCAGAAGAGCGCGUGUAUUCGCCUGCCCUGUCGGUUUAUGAUGUGUCGCUCUCUCAGUCCAUAACUGCUCUGCGCACCCUACGGAACACCGUUAAUCUGGUGGGUCAUGUAACCGCGCAUAACGGUAUCGGCAUCGGGACACUUUUAGCCAUCUGGGAGCGACGAUUUCCGCCCAAAACACCCGUCAUUGGUGCUUUCACUACCGAAACAAUCCUGUCCUACGGCCGUGGUGGCCGGGGGCUAGGGGCCUCAGUGAAAGUGCAUAAGGCGUUCCACGAGCGCGUUAACGGAUCCUUGGGCAUGGAGGUCGUCUCGGUGACACGCAAUACCAGUGCUGCUUUCAGCCUCAUUCCUGGGCUCUCGGUUGGCACAACUGUCCAAAUAACCCCUCGUAUCGUCUCUCAGUUGCAAUAUAAGUGGAACCUUGGUGGUGGUCUAUCGGCUGAGGUGUUUUGGACAUCUGAAAAAGGUGAGCGGAAUUGUCGAGUGCACACCCGUCUCUCGAACAACGGCAACGCUUCACUUACCCUCCGCAUGGAGUCAGUUGUGAAUUGGCCCUGGCUCAACCCCUUCAUGACAACUUCAACCCACCAGGGUUCUAAAAGGAAUUUCUCAGACUGGGAGGCAAAUUUAAAUGAGGAAGAUGACCUCAUCUCCGGGUCUGGUCAUGAAGAGGGCCGCGUUUCCCUUUCUCUGAGUUGCAACACCUACGAUUUGUUUGAAGUGCGUGCUGGCGUCAACUGCGUACUGUCGGAGAUAACGCGCCUCUCCGGCGAAUUCGGUGCCAGCUGGUUGCAAGGCUUGAGCGUGAAACUAGGUUUGCACCGCGGCGGACAGUCCUACGUGCUGCCACUCAAACUCUCAGAGGGUUGGGAUCUUGCCGCCUUUGGCUACGGUGUCUUUGUUCCAGGCCUCACUUACGGGGUCAUCCGAAGCCUUGUAUGUGAGCCUUGGAUGCGUGCACAGCUGAAAAAAGCCCAGGAUAUUCGUCGUGAAAGGCUACGAAAUGAGCUGCGCCAACUGCGAAACGAAGCGCUCGCUACCCAGGCCCUCAUGCAACAUACCGCGGCACGUAUUUCGAAGGAAGAAAAGGACUCCAACGGCCUUGUGAUUGUUCGAGCGCUCUAUGGUCUGUUAUCACCCGAUUCACCAGCCGUCCCUCUCACACCUGACGUUGGAGGACCUCUGUCAAUUGAUGUGACAGUUCCUCUGCAAGCGUCUGUGGAAAAUCACCAACUACGUUUGCCGCCUGGACGCUGGGCUGACCUUCAGGGCUUCUACAACCCCUGUUUUGGACUGGGACGCGCGGCGUGCCGUGGAAACCAAGCCUUGCGGCAGCUUUACGUGGCGUAUAAGUUCAAUGGAUUGCCUCAUGAGGUUUCUGUUGACGAAGAGCAAGGCUUGGCAAUUCCAAUGAGCAAACACCGAGUGGACGCUUUUUCGAGCCUCUGA